GAGGCUGGAAGGAGUUUCGGUCUUGUUUUCCAUAAGCACAGAGAUGGGAUUGGGCAGUGCAGCGGUUAUAUUUGCAUUGUGAGAGGGGGAAGGGGGGAAUAGUGAAUCACAUGACUUUAUAGUAGAGCAUUCACUGGGUUUCCUGAUAUGGUAGUCUGAGCAGGAGGACAACAACGCGUUGGUUGGUUGGUUUUCUUUGUUGUCGCGACCUCACCUCACUCGCUGCUCCCUAUUAAUUGCUCCAUCGAUGAUCAUGGAGUGACACACAAUGGAGUGAACGUUUUUAUCUCAUUUUUCCUUUUCUGUUUUCUCUAUUGAGCACACUUUAGUUGAAAGCCGCAGCGAAUAUGGAGCGCCUUGGCAACGAGCGCCUCAAGGCCGAAAUUUCUCGCAUCUGGGAUAACGUCAAAGCAUCAGAAGCUCGCGAAGUAUCCGUCUCUUCAACCGAAUCCCCAGCUCAGCGGGACGGCUCCAGCAGUAAAGGAGCACCAGGUAGGCGCGAACACGACAUGACCGUCGCAAAGAAAACCAUUUCCCGCAGAUGGGGCGAGCUAAAUGCGUCCAAAUUGUGGCCCUAUGUGACUAGUUAUAGUAUGGCUCGAGAAAUGCGCACUGCCGCAAACACGGGGAUCUCGUUUGAGAAAGCUAUUCAGGCACUAAACCGGGUCGUUCUUGAUCGACUGGUUAAGCCACACCCUGGAUCUCGUCUUACGAUGGCGUUGUCGAAGGCUGAUUUUGUUGCUGUUGCCAAGGACUCUGAGAGGCAGGAGGUUACUGCUGAGGAAGCGCAGCAACAGGGAUAUGUUUUUGAUAGUAAUGGUUUCCUUUUUACCCUGCCACUUUCUAAUGUCAAAAAUGAUGGAACGGAUGGAACUGUGACGGCUACUCCAGUUGAAUCGACCGAGCGAGCCCUCCCAGUCCUCUCCAAGGAGCUUGGAACCCAAGUGACCACUCCUGAGACGCGUGUUAAAUCUGAAGUCCACGAUGGAGGGAUGAACGCAUUGACACCAAUCGCCGGUCACAAACGACGCUUUAGCAGUACUUUCGGGCCAACUCCAUACUUUAUUGGAUACAAUCUAGGAACCCCCAGCCCACUCCGGAAACUCCCCACAACCAAGAACUGUACAGCCACGGUAUUAAGAGUGAAUGUUCUGGAGAAAGCUAUGUGCAGGAGUACUCCACCGACGGCGGGGCUCACGGAGCGAUCAGAGGGGAUUUCAGUCAAGAUUACGACGAAGAUGCUCAAGAUUUGGAAAUGCAUAUGAAUAUUCUUUCGCGGAUGGUCGCUCAGAGCGUGGACUGGAGAGGUGUGGUUAUACGUUGCCAGCUUCGACUUGUCUUUGGGAACGAUAUAGCCAUGCGGAAUUCCUUUAUCAGCGCUUGGGAGGAAAGAGCACGGGAAGUGUCAAGGUCGAUGUUACGAGGCGUUAAAAUCAGUGUACGAGUACAGCAUUGUAUUGUUUCCAAGCAGUUUUUAAACUACAGUCAUUCUUUGGCCA